AUGACCAAGAGCCUCUCGUCCAUCCGACAGCUCCCAGACUACUUGGUGCGAGUAUUCGUAUCCAAGAAAUUGACUGAGGAAGUGAGCCAGUGCACAGGGUGCUUCCAAAAGGUCCCAACGAGCAAAUUAUUAACUGCUCCCUGUGAACACCAAUACUGCCCCCCAUGCCUCCGACGAAUGUCCUCAAUAGCCCUGAACAGCCUAGAGAUGUUCCCUGCAAAAUGUUGUUCCCAAGAAAUCCCCGCAAAAGCACUCAUGGAGGUGAUGAGCUCUCGAAACAAAAAGCUUUAUAUCAUUCGGUGGGAGGAGAAUAGUAUCUCUCCCCUAGAACGUUUGUAUUGUUCUCGGGAGAGGUGUGGCCGAUGGAUCCCCCGAGAGAGCUCAAAGGUACGGUUAGGAUAUUGUGUUUGUCCUCAUUGCCGGGCAAAGGUUUGCUCCAAGUGCGGGGACCUUUUCCAUCUCGCCUGGUCGUGUAGCCAUGACUCUGAGACGAAGGCGACGUUGGAACUGGCAAAGGAGAAUAAUUGGCAGAGAUGCCCCAAUUGCCUGUAUUUGGUGGAGAAGGUCGAUGGAUGUAACCACAUCAUUUGUAGGUGUGGGCAUACAUUUUGUUACCUUUGUGGUCAACGUGGCCAAUGCGAAUGUCCCCUACGUGAUAUCGAAGAUGAAGACCUGGAUACAGAUGGGGAUCUUGAUGUUAAUACAGUGGUCGCUGCAAUGGAGCAAGCGGAAUCGGCAGGUGAACCUUGUUGGUGGGAGGGUCAGGCUUAG